AUGUCCGACACUGUCAUACAAUCCACAUCCUCCUCUAACGCUCUCUGCACCAGCCAGAGGCCUGAAAGUAAAUGGCAGUCGUUUAAAGACUCCUUUAAGCCAGUGGUCGUGGACAUGUCUGAUGUGGAUCCCAACUUGACUGAGUACGAACGUGCUGCCAUCAGAACCUCCAGGUCUCCUCUUUCUAAGAAGCUCAGGGGCAGACACUUGCAGAUGAUUGCCAUUGGUGGGUCUAUCGGUACCGGGCUCUUUGUCGGGAGUGGAGGGGCUUUGAGAACCGGUGGUCCGGCCUCCUUGCUCAUUGGCUGGGGUAUCAUCGGCACCAUGAUGUACUCCACCAUCCAGGGGUUGGGUGAGUUGGCCGUCGCUUUCCCAAUUUCGGGGGGCUUCAAUGCCUAUGCCACCAGGUUCUUGGAGCCAUCGAUUGGGUUUGCCGUUGCAUGGAACUACUUUAUGCAGUUUGCCGUGCUUUUACCGUUGGAGCUCGUAGCUGCCAGUAUCACCAUAAAGUUCUGGAACACCACCGUCAACCCCGACGUGUGGGUGCUCAUCUUUUUUCUCAUGGUUGUCGCCAUCAACUUGUUCGGUGUCAAGGGUUACGGUGAAUCUGAGUUUGUUUUCUCGAUCAUCAAGGUCAUUGCUGUUGUUGGUUUUAUCAUCUUGGGGAUUGUGUUGAUCGGCGGUGGCGGCCCUCAAGGUCAAUACGUCGGCGACAAGUACUGGCAUGACCCAGGUGCCUUUGCCAACGGCUUCAAGGGGGUUUGCUCCGUUUUUGUCACCGCUGCCUUUUCCUUUGGUGGUACCGAAAUGAUCGGUCUUACCGCAGCCGAAACCAAAGAGCCCCACAAGACCUUGCCUACUGCCAUCAAGCAGGUAUUCUGGAGAAUCACCUUGUUCUACAUUGUUUCCUUGAUCAUCAUCUCCUUUUUGGUCCCUUACAACGAUACCUCCUUGAUCGGCGCCUCUUCCGUGGAUGCUGUGGCCUCUCCGUUCGUUAUUGCUAUCAAGAAUGGUGGUGUCAAGGGCUUGCCAUCGGUAAUCAAUGUUGUUAUUUUGAUCUCUGUUCUCUCCGUGGGAAACACUUCCGUCUAUGCCACCUCCAGAACCAUGGUUGCCCUUGCCGAACAGAAUCAGGCACCAAAGAUCUGCGGCUACGUCGACAGAGCCGGGAGACCGUUGGUGGCCAUUAUGAUCACCAACGUGUUUGGGAUGAUUGCCUUCUGUGCCGCGUCGGAGAAGCAAGUGGAGGUGUUCAACUGGUUGUUAGCGCUUUCCGGUUUGUCUUCUAUCUUCACCUGGGCCUCUAUCAAUGCCUCUCAUAUCAGAUUUAGAGCCGCGUUGUACCAUCAGAAUAGAGGCGUCGACGAAUUAUCUUUCGUCUCGCAGACCGGUGUUUGGGGCUCGUGGUACGGGCUUGUGAUGAACGCCUUGGUACUUGUUGCCCAGUUCUGGAUUGCCUUGUUUCCAAUCGGGUCCUCUCCAAACGCUUCGGACUUUUUCAUGUCUUACCUUGGGCUUCCAGUUAUUCUUGCGUCCUGGAUUGGCCACAAGAUCUGGAAGAAAAACUUCAAGGUACUCCUCAGAUCUGAUGAAAUCAAUAUCGACGCCGGGAGAAGGGAUAUCGACAUGGACUUGUUGAAGCAAGAAAUCGCCGAGGAAAAGGAGGUGUUAGCUUCCAAGCCGUUGUACGUCAAAAUCUACAAGUGGUGGUGCUAG